AUGGCAACCCCAGUAUCAAGAGGCCUUAGAGCCCAUAGAAAGUCUCGACAAGGGUGCAUGGCAUGUAAAGGACGGAAGGUGAAGUGUAACGAAGCACGCCCAGCAUGUGAUGCGUGCGUCCGCCGAGAAAUAUCAUGUCACUAUCCCGAACCAGUUCAAAAACGACCGGCAGAUACAAGGUCCCCUUCCAAUCCGCCUUAUGACCUUGAUCCCUCCAGAGAGCUCGAUAUUACAGUGGGUCGUGAAACAAAAGAACGUCGAUUACUUGAAAUGCGCCUGCUUCAUCACUUUUGUACUGAGACCGCCCAAAAAGGGUUCCUUUCCAUUCACGAUGAAGGUGUUCGCGAUCUUUGGACUAAAGGUGCUCCGACUCUAGCUUUCAAUCAUCCAGUUCUCUUGAACAUGAUGAUAUCAAUUGCAGCUCUCCAUCUUACUAAGAUCAACCCAGCGGCUGAAGACUUGGCAGACAUUCAUCGGAUGUAUUUCAAUGCAGCUGUUCGUGAGCAUCGUCAAGUCAUAAAAAAUAUCAACAAGGCUAAUGUUGAAGCUGUGUGCCUCUCCACAAUCCUAAUUGGACUGCCCGCAUUCAUCCUCCUGCAAAACAAUAAUGUUGGCCAAUACACAGUUCCAACCCAAGUGUUCGCUCUUCUCCGCGGAAAUGUCGUUUUGUUCUCGCAAACAAUCCCUAUGCUCGAUCCAAAUAGUCAGCUAGAAGCUCUAAUAUCCGCCAAACCAGACAUGAAGACGUUGAUGGCAGAUGUUCGUGGUAAAAUGUAUCACCAACCAUUUUUGGAACUUUUAAAUUGGAGGGCACCGGGUGAGGUUAUUGAUGACGAAAGCCAAGAUGCUUUUACUUUUGCAUUGAAUUAUUGUGGACGCAUUCUACUCGGUAUCGAAAGUGGAGAGGAUCUUUACGAACUCCGCCGUGUCAUUUAUGCGUUUCCGACAGUCGCACCUAAAGCAUUUGUUCGACAAUUGAACGAAAACAGCAACCGUGCACUUGUUGUUUUGGCUCACUUUUUUGCACUUUGCAAAGCUGCCGAUAAUGUCUGGUGGAUGAGAGGCAUUGCGGAAAGAGAGGUGUUUGGUAUACAAUCCAUUCUCCCUGAACAUUGGCAAUGGGCAAUGGCAUGGCCUGUGCAGAAGCUAGCAGCGUACGCUGCAAUCAAUGUGGCAACUUCAACUAAAUAG